AUGCAGUGGUCUGCAGAUCCAACCGAGCACGCACAUAUCACCAUUGUGAAGCAGCCCGCAAGAGCUGGAAACAACCAUGACCAUGAUACCCAAGUUUGUCACUACCUGGAUCGUCACGAUAAAGUAGAUCGAUUCGACCUUGCGAUUAAAAUUCAUGAGCUGGAAGAUCGCACCAAUAUUGGUGACAAUGAUGACAAUGAAGAUAUUGACAGCAGGAUGGUCCGAUGUUCGGUCAAAGACUAUUUUGCACGUGCACGCGAACUCCUUGAUGCCUUAGCUACUACCCCAGCCUCACGAAAAUGA